UCAAAACAAAGAGAUAAGAAAAGUAAAAGGUGACUGACAACAUUUAUAAAUUUCCAGUUGAAUGCAUUGAUUUCAGGUGAAAAGUGUAAAGAAAAAGUUCUUUAAAAAUGUUAAAAUUUAGUUUAAUAGUGGCGGUAUGUGAAAAUUUGGGCAUUGGCAUAAAUGGUAACCUGCCCUGGAGGUUAAAAUCAGAGCUGAAAUAUUUUGGUGACACUACAAAACGUGUUAAGGAUGCUAGUAAACGUAAUGUGGCCAUAAUGGGACGUAAAACCUACUUCGGUAUACCCGAGUCCAAACGACCCCUUCCCCAACGUUUGAAUAUUGUUUUAAGCACAACUUUAAAACCAACAGAUCUUCCACCAGAUGUACUGUUAUAUCCAAAUCUGGAAUCGGCCAUGAAAAUGUUGGAAGAAGAUGAAAAACUAAAACAAGAAAUCGAAACCGUUUGGAUUGUAGGCGGCAGUGGUGUUUAUGCUGAAGCUAUGGCUUCACCACGUUGUCAUCGUUUGUAUUUGACAAAAGUUUAUGCAGAAUUUGAAUGUGAUACGUUUUUCCCUAAAAUUCCCGAAGACUUUAAAGAAGUUGAAUUGGAUGCCGAGACACCGCGAGGCAUGCAAGAAGAAAACAAUAUUAAAUAUGAAUAUAAAAUAUUAGAAAAACAGUCGGCUUAAAGCAAUUAAUAAACAAAUUAUUUUUUUUUUAUAAAUACAACAGAA